UCAUGUAACGUUAUUCAACCAAACCAACACUUUGUAGCUGCUGACACUUUGUUGUGUACCUGUUAUUACUCUAACGGUAAACUGCAGCCACCGUCAUAACUCACAAAUACGGUAUAGUAGCUAACUGACCUACCUUGAAUUUCGUGUGGCUUCUCAGCUAGUUAUCACCUUUAACCGUCUAUGGUUAUCUCCUGACUGUUAGCAUUCACUUGUACAAGGACUUGUCACCGCCCCUCUAUGGAGGAACAUGGAGCGGAGCAGGCGGUGGAAACGUGUGGUUUUAUUUAUAAUCAUCAGUUUGUCUUGCUGUAGAUGAGAUUGCCACGGCGGAUCCUUGCGAUGCACACAGCACCUGAUAGGUGGGCCUCCUCAGUCCCUGCAGGUAUGGUGAGUUUCGUACCCGCCUGCAGCACCACUGAUGCCCAUUCCCUGGAGCUGCUGCAGGACUUUGUGUCCCGAGCCAGACGCAUGUUUGUUAUGAGUGGAGCUGGACUCUCCACGGAGUCAGGAAUCCCUGAUUACCGCUCAGAGGGCGUCGGGCUGUAUGCUCGCACUGACAGACGACCCAUGCAGUAUGCAGAGUUUGUCCGCAGUGCAAAGUCCCGUCAGCGCUACUGGGCCAGAAACUUUCUCGGGUGGCCACAGUUCUCCACCCAUCAGCCGAACUCUGCGCACAAGGCCCUGCAGCAGUGGGAGGAGAGCGGCAAGCUGCACUGGCUGGUGACACAGAAUGUGGAUGCUCUUCAUUCAAAGGCGGGACAGAAAAGACUGACUGAGCUCCACGGCUGUGCUCACAGGGUGAUGUGUCUUGGCUGCGGUGUCAUCUCAGCGAGGGAGGAGCUCCAGACACGAUUCGUAGCACUAAACCCAGACUGGAGAGCACAGGCGGGCGGUGUGGCUCCGGACGGUGAUGUCUUCAUAGAGGACGAGCAGGUCCUCCACUUUAGAGUUCCUUCCUGUGAGCAAUGUGGAGGAAUACUAAAGCCUGAGGUCACUUUUUUUGGAGACUCUGUAAACAAAGCGACGGUACAGUUUGUGCACGACAGACUGGGAGAGUCUGACGCGGUGCUAGUUGUAGGGUCAUCGUUACAGGUAUACUCAGGAUACAGGUUUUUACUGGCAGCACGUGAUCGGAAAAUCUCAGUUGCCAUCCUGAACAUUGGGCCCACGAGGGCAGAUCACCUGGCUGAGCUGAAAGUGAGCGGCCGCUGUGGUGAAGUGCUGUCAGUCAUUCAACUCUCUGACUGUCACGGACGUGCAGUUUGGAUAUUCUACAUUAAGCUGGUCGAAACUACCUUGGACCUAAACAGGUAAACAACGUGAUCUACUUCAGGAUCACUUUCUCAGAUGUUUGGUACUUUUUUGCAUCACGUACUAGGCUAGGUACCAAAACCCGGUUCCCAUGCAACUGGUAGGAAUUGGUCCAAAUUAGAACGCACAUUUCAGUUCCUCAUUUCGGUUCCACUUAAUGUGUCAACUGAAAUAUUUUACCUCUGUCACUCUGAAACGGACAUAAAAAUAUCACAAUCUCUCUGUUAGUUACCGUAAAUGUAGGUUACUUUUAAAAUGCCAUAUUUUCCCUCUGGGCUCUGGUUAGCAUACCAAAUCAACAUUAAUUUUGCUGUUACUUUUUAAUUAACAGUAGUUACUUAUUGUUAAAUUAUUGUAGUGUUGUGUGUUAGGUGACUUAGGUUUAUAUAUUUAGGUACUUUAUAACGUUAAUAUAUCAUAUUCUAUUUCAAAAGGACUAUAAAGCGUUUCUUUUAUAUAAUUUUUCAGUUUUUCAAGAAUCGGUUGAGGAAUUGGAAUCGUUUUAAAAGUACCGGUUUGGCAUUGAAAUCAUAAAAUCCAUAGUAGGGCAAACUGAUGAUACAACUGAUGUAUCUACUUUCACCUAUUUUAUGGAGAACAUGUGAAAAAAAGUGUGCCUUCCAAAAAAAGUUCAACUUCAAUGCACACAACCAAUUUGUGUCAGGUGGAUUAAUAUCUUGGUUCCACAGACGCAUUGCCCCUGCCAGGGAAAACAAAAAGACUUGGCUGCUGCUUUUUUUUUUUUUCUGCCUCCGAGCCGAGGACAGGUGUGAUGUUAUGUUUUCGGGUUGUCCGUCCAUCCCAUUCUUGUGAAGGUGCUAUCGCCGGAAUGCCUGGAGUGAAUGUCUUCAACCUUGACAUAAACUUUCACUUGGAUGAUGAGGAUUAGAAUUUGGUGUGCAGCGGUCACUGUGACCUCACAAAACAUGUUUUUGGCCAUAACUCUGAAUUAAUACGCUAAUUAUGACAAAGCUUCUUUGCAGCACCAUCUGGAUUUCUAGUGUUGUCUACUGCUACAUUAGUCUGGACAGACAUGGGUAUAAACUGCAACUUUGUUGGUUGGCAGAGACAUACAGCCCCAAGGACGUCAUUCUAGUUUAUACGAAAUGAGCUACAAUCAAUACUGUAUUGUAUC